AUGAUCCGGCCUUAUGGGAAAAUACACGUUUCUUUGUCAAGCGAUUAUGUUGAAUUUUACGAAGAACAAAAUUUAAAAGAGCCACACAAUGGUAGAGGAAAAGAAAGUGAUAAAAAAUUAUCAUGUGAAGAGGAGGAGUCUACAACGGUUGGGUGCACAAGGGAUGAUGUGUAUGUUGAUGGACAUACAGGUGAGGAGGAUUUGAGGAAAACGAAUCAUCAGCGUGGAUGCCACCAUGCCGGUUUAGGUAAAUACAAUUUGGGAGAUGGUAAAGGGGGUGAUAUGUCUCCGGAGUUAACUUCUUCCGGGGUAAGCAAUACGGAGGGUCAGAAGAGGACUGUGCAGGUAGAGGCCGCAAAGGGGUUCCUCCUCCCACCUGCACAGCACGGAGGUACGGAAUCGUUGAGGAGUGAUAAUGACGGCGGUGUUGCUAGUGUAGACAGUGUCCACACUGGACGUGUAAACCCCAGCGAGGGCUCCACGAAGCAAGUGCAAUACAAAACCAGGAGGGCAACCCCCCCCACGGUUCGACUAAAAUGUUUCAGAAGAAUCUUUAACAGAACAUUCAGUAGGUAUUACUUUAUCGGAAAGCCGUUUAGGAGAUACGUAAAAAUGAGAACAAGUGCUUCACAAGAAAAAGCAAAAAAACGCACAAGUAAAAAAGGUAAUACAGAUGGGAUAGGCAUAAAGAAAACGGAAGGAGCAAUGGUAUACCAUGGGGAGGAUGACUUUUUUGUUAAGAGGCCAGACGAGGUAUCAUCAGAGAGCGCCAAAAAGAGAGGCAAGGUUACUAUGGGGGAGGAAGGACACAAUAGAGGGAACAUAAGCCCAGUGAAAAAAUGCGCCCAGCAGAUGUUGCUGCGCCCCCCAAAGGUGCGCACAACAAAUUGGGGGAACGUCCUGUUGUCCAAAAUGAAAACAAAGGAAAACAUUUCGAAAAAAAAGUUCGAAAAGAUGAAAAAAAUGAAAAAGAUAAAAAUCGUAAAAAAAAUAAAAAAGGAAGGAAUGCCAUUUGAUUUUAAAAGGAAAAGCAGCGUUGAUAAGGACGCAGGUUCACAGAUCGGCGAAGACAAAUGCCACACGCAUGAAACGUCGACAGUCGUGUCCAUUCAAAGGACUGAGCUCUUUGUUCGUAGGAAGGAGUUCGAAUCGAUGGGGAAGCGGGUAGUUAAGGGGAAGGAGGACGUUACAAAUGGAAAGUGUUCAUCCCCAAUUGAAGGCAAUGGUAUGGGGGAGUACACAGAGGGCAGUGUUAAAAAGAAGAAAAGGAAGAAGAAGAAGAAGAAAAAGAAGAGCACCACCGGGGGGGACAGUACGCUCGUUGGUGAGGGACGCAGCUUUGGUGAAGGAAAACCGAAUGGAGGCGCGGCGAUGUAUGAAGAGAGCGUUCCUGAGAAAGUACACGGUGAGACGCUUGCUUCUUUGCAAAAAGCAGAACGAGAAAGUGGACAGCAUAGCAAAGGGGAAGCAACGACCCCAUCUCUCAAUGGAGUCACUGUACAUAAUGAAGACGAGAGGUACAGCAAAAGUGUAAGGGGGGAGCAGCGCGAAGUGGACGCGGUGGUGUCACCGAUUGGGGGUGAGAAGGAGAAACGGAAAAGAAAAAAAAAAAAAAAGAAACGUGGAGAUGCCAAUGGAAACCUUAGUGAGGACGACGAAGCCGGAAGUCCGAGCCAACUGAACCUGAGCGAAUAUACAAUACUAAAGGAAAUAAAAAUUAAACAGAGCAACGAAGUGGUGCAGCUGAACAUGGACUCGUCCUUCUUUGUGUCCAGAGGCGCGGGUUUGUACAAUUAUGGCCAGAACAUUUGCUUCUUCAACAGCAUAAUACAGACCAUUGUGAGAAUCCCCUACAUCUGCAAAGAUUUGUUAAACAAAUUACAUUCUUUAAAUUGUGAAAAAAAAAAAGUCAGCGUAUUUUGCUUCUAUUGCUUGUUCGAACAAUUCGCUUGCAAUAUUAUUUCCAAGAAAUGUGGAAUAAAAAAUAUGCUCAUCCCUUAUAUAAAAAAAUACAUAUGUAAUAAUUAUAUUGUUGGGUACCAGGAAGAUGUUCAUGAGUAUUUGCGUUACUUCCUGUGCUCAUUGGAGAAGUCUUCCUUUGCGUCUUCCAUUUAUAUACAGAAAAUGUUUACAGGGGUCACCAAAAACAUAACGAUAUGCACAAAAUGCAACCACGUCUCAUUAAAAUAUGAGCAGUACUAUGAGCUUUCAUUGGAUAUCAGCUCAUCUAACAAUUUAGAAGAAGCACUGAAGAAAUAUUUGUCUAAGGAAACCCUCAUGGGUGAUAAUGGUUACUACUGUGACAAAUGCAGGAAGAAAAAAAAAGCCACGAAACAGUGUGUUAUUAAUAAACUCCCAAGAGUACUGACAAUACAAAUUAAAAGAUUCUUUAUGAACUCUAAAUUUAAUGUGGUGAAAAAUCAUAAGCCUAUUUCCUACCCCUUGUACCUGGACAUGAAGGGAUAUGUUAACAACUACUACGACUUGUUUCAAAAUAAUUUUAACAAUAAUGUGAUAGCGCUGUACGAGAAGGCGAACCCGCCCACGGGGGGAACGAGUGAUCAACAAAACGGUGUAGUGAAUGAGGAGCGUAACGGCGAAGCGAACGGGCAGCAAAGCGGCGUAAGAGGUGACCAAAGGAACGCCCCGCCGGGCGCGCGCCCCAAUCCGCACGUCCUCAACCAAAUUGCGCACAUCUUCGCCGAGCUGAAAAGGGAAGUGUGCAAGAGGAAAAUAAAAAAUCAGCUGACCCCCUCACACCUCAGAAGCAUCAUCAUGGAAACAAAAAAACGAAUCCUAAAAGAACUGAACAAAAUAAAAUUCUCCAAAUUUUACAACGACAUUCUUUUGAGCAUAUCGAAGGACAUCGAGACGCUGUACUUCCACGUCCGGGCUAACGCAAGUAGGAAGCAUUUCAGCUUGAAGGGAGCCCUUUUUAACUUUAAGGUGGAGUAUCUCAAUGGGCAGGAGGAUCACCUUCCUCCCCAAUACGAACCGUGUAGCACCGAAAAUGGCCAUCGAAAUGAAAGAAAUAAGAUUGGUGAGAAAGGAGAACACUCACCACGUGAAUCACACAAUGGGAAGAAUCACGCGAACAAAAAAAGCGCAAGCUAUUUUUCAUACGAAUUAACAGGACUAAUUAAGCACAUUGGCUCCGGAACAGAAUAUGGGCACUACGUAGCGCUGACCAAGUCGAACAACAACAUCUACCUCCUCUGUGAUGACAAUAACAUUUCAUACAUUAACAAAAAAGACAUUCUAAAUUGUGUAAAAAAUGCUUACGUUUUUAUUUACACGUGUAUGCACCCAGGCUUCAUCGAUUUUUAUAAUAAGUAUGUGGAUGUCUUGGAAAAAAAAAAGUUUAACAUAAACUUGCCUGUAUUUGAGAAGCGAGUCGAAUUCAAGGAACGCAUAACUAUGCCCAAGCAGAAAUUCAUUAGUAGGUCUCUCCAUUUUUGA